GUUGUGGUUCAGUCCACUGCUGCCGACGCGAGACCCACUUGCCAGCUGCAAGGUUCUCUAAGUUCUAAAUCUCCGUGUUUGUUUACCACCACGUUCCUUGCAUGAUCUCUCAGACACUCCAGUACCAGCUGCAUUGAAACGCGCCAUCUUUGCCAGCAUUCUCGGGUCCUGUGACAUCCUGUUUAUUUACUAGUUUCAGGCAUGUCUGCAUCUCCAGACAGCACGCAUACAGCUCUUUUCGGCGAGGAAUCUACUUUCUCCAACGAGGCACAUCCUGGAAUCGAACCAUCUGUCUCUUCCGACACCUCCGAGAACGACAUAAACAGGUGUUCACAUAUCACUUCCGUCUUCGCCGAUCCAUCCGCGAAAGCAGGUAUCGUAGGCAAAUUUAAGACAGUCGUAGCCUGGCACACUCGUAGGACACAUGGUGCCCUGCACCCAGCAAAGCGAAGGAAGGUAUCUUCACCGACCUGUGACACAUGCAACCAAACACUUUCCCGACCGUUCGUCUGUCUUCAGUGCUCAUUCACAGGAUGCUGGUCAGGCGGUCACAUAACAGACCACCUCAAAGAAACUGUGCAUACAUUUUGCGUCGAUGCAAAGUCUGGAUCAGUUUUCUGUUCAGAGUGCGACGACUUUGUAUUUGAUGAUACCAUUGAUGACUUGUAUCUCUCUACCGUCCUAUCGGUGGAAGAGCAAAAAACGAAAUUUCAAGUGGAGAAGAGAGGCCGAGAGCCGUAUCAACCGUGGAUUCCGACAGGCGACGAGUCCAUUGUCCUCAAGGAUGCCGCCACAGUCCCUUGCCAAGGUCGUCGUGGACUGCUUAAUCUGGGGCAAACGUGCUUUUUGAACGUCAUACUCCAGUCGUUCAUCCAUAAUCCGCUGCUACGAAAUUAUUUUCUCAGCGAUAGGCAUAACAGCAGGCUGUGCAAACACUCAGACUGCACAUGUUGCGAAAUGGACAAUCUGUUCACAGAGAUAUAUUCCCCGACCAAUACCCCAUUUGGGCCCACGUCCUUCCUCGCCACAACAUGGAAAGUUUCUGCCGAGAUGUCAGGCUAUGCCCAGCAAGACGCACACGAGUUUUUCAUUACUGCAUUGAACCAAAUUCACGGGACAUGCCGCGGUUCCACGAAUAUUUCGUGCAACUGCAUCAUUCAUCAAACUUUCGCCGGUCAAUUUCAAAGCGACGUUACGUGUGAGAAAUGCGGAACUGUGACGAGCACAAUCGAUCCGAUGCUUGAUAUCAGCCUUGAGUUGAGGUCAAAGUCUGGGGAACCGGCUGCUGACAACACGCUUGCCAGCUGUUUGCGCAGGUACACCAAACAGGAGAAGCUAGGAGCAAGAGAGUACAGCUGUAGCAAAUGCACGAAAGCUUCUCACGAGGCCGUGAAGCGCCUCAGCAUACGGACAUUACCGCCAGUUCUUAGUUUUCAAUUCAAGCGAUUCGAGCACAAGACGUCUGGGAAAGCUGCCCCGCAAAAGAUCGAUGCUCCGAUACGAAUUCCAGCCUCUAUCAAUAUGGCGCCUUAUACGACUCUUGCUAUGAAUACAACCGGAAAGGACGGUGAAACUGGUUACCCAGGACCGGACGCAAUGUACGAAUAUGAUCUGUUUGCGGUAAUUAACCAUGAAGGACAGAUGGAUAAUGGACACUACACAAACUUUGCUCGUUUCCAAGAUGAGUGGUACCGUUUCGAUGACGACAAAGUAACUCCAUCGACGCUGAGUGACUGCCUAGCCUCAAAUGCUUACAUGUGUUUCUACGUGAAGCGACACCUUGACUACAAACCCUACGUGAAACCAACGUAUCUAGUUGCACGUGAAAAGGACAUCGUGCGUGAGCAAGCAAUGGAGCGAGAGAAAGAGGCAGCACGCAUGAAAGAGGUGGACGAUGCACUGAUAGCGAUGGUCUGAAAUCACACCUGAAGUACGAAGG